AUGGUAGAGGAAGCUCCAGCAGCCGCGCCGGCUAAGGCUCCGGCCAAAGCCCCGAAGAAGAAGCCCGCUCCCCGGGUCAAGAAAGACGGACCCAGCCUCCCUAAACUCAUCGUGGCCGCCGUGGCCGAGUCCAAGGAGCGCAAGGGGAUGUCCCUGGCGGCCCUCAAGAAGGUGCUGGCCGGGAAGGGAGUGGACGUGAGCAAGGCGAACAAGCGCAUCAACACUGCCGUCACCAAGCUGGUCACCAAAGAGACCCUGAGCCAGACUAAGGGCACAGGGGCCGCUGGGUCUUUCAAGCUCGCCAAAAAGGAGCCCAAAGCCGUCAAGCCAGCCAAGAAGGUGGUGAAGAAGAAGGCUCCCAUCAAGGCCAAGAAGCCCGCUGCCAAGAAGACCACAGCAGCCAAGAAACCCGCCGCUAAGAAGCCUGCAGCUGCCAAAAAAUCCCCGAAGAAGGCUCCGGCUAAGAAAGCGGUGAAAAAGCCCGCGAAGAGCCCCAAGAAGGUCGCACCCAAGAAGCCCAAGGCAGCUAAGAAGCCUGCAGUCAAAAAAACUGCAGCCAAAAAGCCCGCAGCGAAGAAAGCCAAGAAGUAAACAGCUGCUUCAACCCGCACUCAGUGCAGCAAAAGGCUCUUUUCAGAGCCAACACUUAUUCUCUGUAGAGCACAUCCUGUCCUUACAGUUUAUUAAAUUAACCAGGGUCAGCGUUAAUAACUUA